AUGGGACAAAUACUUUCUAAUCCAGUUAUCGACAAAGAAAAAAGUGAAGGAUCUGAUGGGUUUACAGCUUUCGGAUUAUGUACCAUGCAAGGUUGGAGAAUGUCAAUGGAGGACUCCCAUCUUACAGAGCCUGAUAUACUCGAUUCCAAACAAGAAGAUCAAUUAGCAUUGUACGCUGUAUUCGAUGGGCAUGGUGGGGGCGGGGUAUCUACGCGAUGUAGUACAAGGAUGACCUCCUUAAUUAGGCAUUUAGUCCACCAUGCAUCUGAUUACUAUAUGACUGUUGACAAGAAGGCAGUUAAUUAUGGUAAGUUAUUAAUAAAGGCUUUCUUAGAGAUAGAUGAAGACAUUAGUAAAGAUCAAGAAUUGGUUAGAGAACAAAGUGGUUCGACGGCAACCGUAGUACUCAUCUCAAAGAAAUUAAACAAGGUUAUAUGCGCCAAUGCUGGUGAUAGUAGAACAGUGUUAUCCUCAGAUGGGUUAGCCAAGGCAUUAUCCUUCGAUCAUAAACCUAAUCUAACCAAUGAAAUCGGUAGGAUUGUUGCAGCAGGUGGUUAUAUUGAAAUGGGGAGAGUCAAUGGUAACUUAGCUUUAUCUCGUGCUGUUGGAGAUUUCACUUAUAAAGGUGACACAACCCUUCCUCCACAAGAACAAAUUGUCACUGCGUUUCCUGAUAUUAUGGAACAUACUUUGGAUUAUAAAAGCGAUGAAUUUGUAAUCUUAGCAUGUGAUGGUAUUUGGGAUUGUUUAUCAUCCCAGGAUUGUGUCAAUUUAAUACAUUUUGGUAUUAAUAAAGGAAAUAUGGCCCUCACAGAUAUUUCCGCUAGAAUAAUUGACGUUUGUUGUGCUCCUACAAUUGAAGGGACAGGUAUUGGUUGUGAUAAUAUGAGUAUCACUAUUGUGGCAUUAUUAAAGGAUAAUGAAUCUCUAGAUCAAUGGUUCCAACGGAUUAGAAUGAAGAAUAUACGUGAUGUAAUAUCAUUUGAAGAAAAAAGAAGGAGAAUAUUUUCACAAUAUUUACCAAAGGAUCGUACUCAACUCUUUGCUAUUACUACUCCAACUAAUGAGGUUCAAGAGACACGUGAAUUGACACAUGAGAUUAAUCCGAGGUACCAAACAAUUGCAGAUGAAACACAACAAUUUGGUAAUCCAAUGAAAACCGAAUUAGAGGUUGAAAAUGACAAUAGUAUUGCAAAUAAAGAAAUACCUAUACCUAAACCUAAAAGAGGUUCCUUGGAUCUAUUUGAAAUAGAAAAGAAAAUUGAGGAUGGUAUUAAGGAGAAACAGAAAAUUGGACAAGAUAAUGAGAAUAGAAAUAAUGAUAAUGAUAACGAGAAAAGAGGUAAGACCCACGAGAAACAUUCGAUUUUUAAUCCUACGACACUUGGUAAUAUGCUAACUUCUUUUACAACUGCUGCCAUUGGCGAAGCUGCUCCAUUUCUUAGUGAAGAAGAAGAAGAAAGUGAGAAAGAGACUCAACAGAGCAAAAAAUAA